GGAUGCCGCUCUCCCGCGCCUAAUUCAGGUUUCUGGGAGCGGUUUUCUUGUGGUUCUGGAGACUCCCGCCCCCUUUUCCUGAGAGUUUGGAUUCGAGUGGUUUUUCUGACAUACCUGAACACUUGGAGAGGAACCUGGUACAGAGGAACUCUACUAUAAAAAUGAGCCCCACAGAUCCACUUGACGAUGAAGACACAUUUAAAAUCCUGGUUGCCACUGAUAUUCAUCUUGGAUUUAUGGAGAAAGAUGCAGUUAGAGGAAAUGAUACAUUUGUGACAUUUGAUGAAAUCUUAAGACUUGCCCUGGAAAAUGAAGUGGAUUUUAUUUUGUUAGGUGGUGAUCUUUUCCAUGAAAACAAGCCCUCGAGGAAAACCCUGCACAGCUGCUUGGAGCUGCUUAGGAAGUACUGUAUGGGUGACCGCCCUGUGCAGUUUGAGGUCAUCAGUGAUCAGUCAGUCAACUUUGGUUUUAGUUUCCAUGGGUGAACUACCAGGAUGGCAAUCUCAACAUUUCCAUUCCAGUAUUUAGUAUCCACGGCAACCAUGAUGAUCCCACGGGGGCAGAUGCCCUCUGUGCCCUGGAUGUUUUAAGCUGUGCUGGGUUUGUGAAUCACUUUGGACGGUCAAUGUCGGUGGAGAAGGUUGACAUUAGUCCGGUUCUGCUGCAGAAAGGAAGCACAAAACUCGCUCUGUACGGCUUAGGCUCCAUUCCAGAUGAAAGGCUCUAUCGGAUGUUUGUGAAUAAAAAAGUAACAAUGUUGAGACCAAAGGAAGAUGAGAACUCAUGGUUUAACUUAUUUGUGAUUCAUCAGAACAGGAGUAAGCAUGGAAACACCAACUUCAUUCCAGAGCAGUUUUUGGAUGACUUCAUCGACCUCGUUAUCUGGGGCCAUGAACAUGAGUGUAAAAUUGGCCCAAUCAAAAAUGAGCAGCAGCUCUUCUAUGUGUCUCAGCCCGGAAGCUCAGUGGUGACGUCCCUUUCCCCUGGAGAAGCUGUGAAGAAGGAACACAAGGGUGACCAUCACAGAGAGCAGUCGUGUAAGCCUCCAUGGUCUCAGUCUACUAACAGGGCUGUUGCUACAGCCAUUUGUGACAUGUAGGCUUGCUGCGCAUUAAAGGGAGAAAGAUGAACAUGCAGAAGCUGCCUCUCCGCACCGUGCGGCGGUUCUUCAUAGAAGACGUGGUUCUGGCUAACCACCCAAACCUGUUCAACCCUGACAAUCCUAAGGUGACCCAGGCCAUCCAGAGCUUCUGUCUGGAGAAGAUUGAAGAAAUGCUUGACAGUGCUGAGCGGGAACGACUGGGGAAUCCUCAGCAGCCGGGGAAGCCUCUUAUCCGACUACGGGUGGACUAUAGUGGAGGCUUUGAACCUUUCAACGUUCUUCGUUUUAGCCAGAAGUUUGUGGAUCGAGUCGCUAACCCAAAAGAUGUCAUCCACUUUUUCAGGCACAGGGAACAAAAGGGAAAAACAGGAGAAGAGAUCAACUUUGGGAUGCUCAUCACAAAACCUGCUUCAGAAGGAGCAACGCUUAGAGUAGAAGACCUCGUAAAGCAGUAUUUCCAAACUGCAGAGAAGAAUGUUCAGCUCUCGCUGCUGACAGAAAGAGGGAUGGGCGAAGCAGUUCAAGAGUUUGUGGACAAGGAAGAGAAAGAUGCCAUCGAGGAAUUAGUGAAGUACCAGCUGGAGAAAACACAGCGGUUUCUUAAGGAGCGCCAUAUUGAUGCUCUGGAAGACAAGAUUGAUGAGGAGGUCCGACGUUUCCGAGAAAGCAGACAGAGAAAUACCAACGAAGAAGAUGAUGAAGUUCGAGAGGCCAUGAGCAGAGCCCGGGCCCUCAGAUCACAGUCAGAGACCUCCACCUCAGCCUUUAGUGCUGAGGACCUGAGCUUUGAUACAUCGGAGCAGACAGCAAAUGACUCUGAUGACAGCCUGUCAGCAGUGCCGAGCAGAGGCCGAGGCCGAGGCCGAGGGCGAAGAGGAGCCAGAGGGCAGAGCUCGGCACCUAGAGGAGGCUCUCAGAGAGGCCGAGACACUGGGCUGGAGAUCACUACUCGAGGCAGGAGCUCAAAGGCCACCUCAUCAACAUCUAGAAACAUGUCCAUUAUAGACGCUUUCAGAUCUACCCGACAACAGCCUUCUAGAAAUGUAGCCCCUAAGAAUUACUCAGAGACCAUUGAGGUGGAUGACUCUGACGAAGAUGACAUUUUUCCUACCAAUUCCAGGGCUGAUCAAAGGUGGUCGGGCACAACAUCUAGCAAACGGAUGUCCCAGAGCCAGACAGCCAAAGGGGUAGACUUUGAAUCAGAUGAGGAUGAUGACGAUGACCCUUUCAUGAGCAGUAGUUGCCCAAGAAGAAACCGAAGAUAAUGUUUUUAAUGGAACUUAGAAAUUGCAUGAUGCAGGAAGAAAUCAAAGCACCACAUACUGACUUCACAGCUGAAGAUGUUUAAGUCUGGGCUUAUAUUUUAUCGUUUUCUGAACGGUGACUCCCUUAAGCCAUUUCCUAGCCCAAUGAUAAGGAGAUUGCAGCUCUUCUUAGCCUUUAACCUGGUUGUUAUUGUCUGGGGCUGCUCUGCCAUAUCGAGAACAUUAACUUCCUGACAGAACUGUGUUUUCUGCUUGUAAGAACUUGGCUAAAAUCCCAUUCUUAAAUGAUGAUUAGAGAAAACCCCUCCGUUGUUCAUUUCUGCUUCAUGAUCAGAGGCUGUCAGCCUCUGUGCCACAGCUAGCAGUUGAUGGGAAAGCUUACAGACUUGAGUGGCAUGUGCUGUAACCAUCUCCUAGAUCUCCAGAAAGCCAGGCCCUCCUGUGUGGGGGGCACCCAGCACCCUGCUUGUUAUCAAGUGUGGAUAUCAGAGCUUGCUAGAGGACCGUCUACUAGGACCAGAAGGGUCUUAUAUUUAAAUAAUUAGUAGAAGGUUUUUGUUAAGAACAUUUUGGCUGUUUUGGUUUUGAUUUUUAUUCAUGUUAUAGCAGAGAUUCAGAUCCUGUGCCCAUUGGGCAGGACUCAUUUUCUUGAUGGCUCUGUCAGUAAUGACAAGCUCUUUUUCUUUCUCGUAUACUUGUCAGGAAGAAAAGGCUAAUAGAAUUUUUCUGUUUUCUUAAAAAUACCGGAAAGCUUUUUUAGGCAAAGCAGCAUCUGACCUUGUGGUUAGUUCAGGCUGCCAUACUGCAGCAGUACAGCUUCUGCCGGUGUUGGUGCCGGACCUCCUCCACCAGCAGCACACUGGCUUCAGUUGCUGUAAACAUCUCUGAGUGGAUGAUCCCAGAACUGACCGAAACAGCACACUUAUAUUUUUUUACUUGUUUUAGGAAGGAAAUAAAUAAAAAUGUUAUCCCUUCUGAGAUAAGAUAAAUAAUCUCAUUCCCUGUCCCACACUCUAAAAACUUCUGCUGGUCUUAAUUUUAUAAGGCAAGUGUGUUCAGUCACUCUGAUAAAAUCUGAACCCUCUAGCAUGACAACAUGAUGUUCUUCAUAGUUGUAGACACCAGUGCUUGGGCUAAACAGUGCCUGUCUGGAACUUGCCAAGUUUUUGAAGCCCAGCACCUGACGGUACCACCAAUCACCAAGUGGUUUAAGUUAGAACUAUAAUUCAGUGCUAAUGAGCUGCUUAGAACAAGCUUUGUAACUGAUGUGAGCACAGGGUUGUCAGCAGGGAACAUUGACAGCACAAGGCCUGGUCCUGUGAGAUCCCUUCGGGUAGUUCUCCCCACCCUCCAUCUCAAUCACAUUAAACUUGAAGUGGAUUGAAUGGAGAUGAAGUGAGGGGCUCUGUGAGAUGGAGGCUAGUGGGAGGUGGUACUCCCUGACCCACUGAGGUAUAGCCAGCAUUAGGUGGUGCCUUGUCUGUGUGCCAGUGAGAUGAUCCUAGGUGAGUGACAGUGAGGUUGGUCACUAAAGUCCCUGAGAGUCUCCUGGAAAGGUUAGUGAGGCUUUUCCUCCAUUAAAAAAUCUCAGCUAGCCGGGCACGGUGGUGCGCACCUUUAAUCCCAGCACUUGGGAGGCAGAGGCAGGCAGAUUUCUGAGUUCCAGGACAGCCUGGUCUACAAAGAGAGUUCCAGGACAGCCAGGCCUAUACAGAGAAACACUGUCUCGAAAAAUAAAAAGCAAAACAAAACAAAAAAUCUCAGCUAGAGUAUAAAAUGAUGCUGCUAGCUGCUAGGGGAAGUGAGUCCCUGGCAGUGUGGAAAUCUACCAUGUGAGCAGCAUGCAGUAUAACCUGGCAGUAUGGGAAGUACAAAGGGGAAAUAGUGUUGAUUGAAGGUCAUUGUGUAAUCAGUGUACCACAAAGUUCUCUGGGGUUUGUUUAGACAGAUCUGACAUUGGUUCUUUGGUGACAGUUUUCAGGCCUGUGAGUGUCAGCUGGAUGAAGUCUUGGGACCUGGAACAAGUUGUUCUUUAGUGACAGGUUUCUGAGAGGGAGUGCACAGGUUCGGAAAAUAAAGAUUAUAGGAACGCUGGGCUCAGGAAGUCUUGCAGAGCUGACUUUAUGCCAGGCAGGUUUCUUUAGAAGUACAUCUUACAUGGUGUGUUGUGAGGAAAUAGGGCACAGGCAGAAAGUUACCAUACAACGGGAUGAAGUCCCAGGAAGCUAAUCAAGCCAUGUUGCACAAGGUACCAUGGUAGCUCAAGGGCAUCAUAGACUGAGCACAUAGUGGCCUUGGAACUGAUGAAUUCAGUCUCUUCAGAGGGAAAAGAUAAGUUCUCAGGAACCAAAAUCUUAACUCCAUCAAGGCCCCAGCCCAGAGCUUGCCAAGUGUGCGUUGUGUGAGGACGACACAGGACUGAGCUCUCUUGUCCUCUCAUGGGCCAUCUUGAGAAGGCCAGGAUUCGGCCUGACUCCCAACAGCCUUCCAGAUGAUUUUUGAGCGCCCCAUUUGCUCUUAAGGAUGUGAUAGCUCCACGAUGAAUGGAGACCUUUGUCCUUUAGCUUACCAAAGAGUCCAUCUCUGCAUCCCGUGAGUACGCGUGGAGAGCGAGCGCACUGUACCUCCAGCUGCUUGCCUGGCAAGCCUCUGAACAGCAAGCAGAGUUUAAUUUAGGAGCACGUGAAUGUUAUCUUUAUAAACCUUCAAAGUUGCUGGUGACAGUAACUAUAGAAAAGCCAUGCCUUAACCUGUGCAGGGAGUCCUCUUGGGCAGGAGCCAGUGGCACGAGCUCGCCAUGCCUGAGGAGCAUGCAUGGCUGCAGUUCAGAGCUCGCACUCUGGUUCUGCUGCUGUAUGCACUUAGACGGUUACAGCAGAUAAUCUCCGCACAGUCUUGUGCAGUGACUGAGAAUCUAGUCAGCAAAGCUGUAACUAUCCUCCAUCAUACGUGUAGGCUGCGUAUUUUACCUGUCCCUACCCAUUACAUAGGAUGGCUCAUGUGAUACGUUUUACAUGUAAAGAUUCAAGGAGAAUCAACAGUUCAAUGUCUACGUAAAGGAAAAAACAAACAAACAAACAAAAAACUUUUACUAGAAAAAUGAAGUAAAAAUGAUUUCCUGGUUAGCCGGGCCUGUUGGCGCAUGCCUUUAAUCCCAGCACUUGGGAGGCAGAGGCAGGCGGAUUUCUGAGUUCGAGGCCAGCCUGGUCUACAGAGUGAGUUCCAGGACAGCCAGAGCUACACAGACAAACCCUGUCUUGAAAAACCUAAAUAAAUAAAUAAAUAAAAAUAAAAAUAAUAAUAGUCAUCUCCUGGCAUAAAGUGAUAUUUCCCCAAACUGAGCGGGUGUCUUUUUUGUCUCUGUCAGACAUUUAAUUCCAAUUAGUAGUUUGAGGAUUUUUAAGAGCUGACAUUAAAAUAUUACAAAAGAAUUAUCUAAUAAAGAUUUGUUUUUUUUUUGAA